AUGAAAUAUAGCACUGGAUUGCUCUCUCCUGACUCUUCCCUGUAAUUGGGAAAAAAAAACUGUUAUAAUUUAAAAAAAAUUAUUUUUAAAAUUUCUCGAUAAAUAUUUUUUUUUAAAUCCUAAAAAGCACAAUACAUUGAAUUAUAAUUUAUUUUAUAAAAAAUUAAUCGAUUAAAUUUAUAAAUUGGCUAAUUAGAAUUCUUCUUGCACUUUUUCCAUUAAAUUUAGCUAAAAUUGAUUUAUAAAAAUUACUAUUUUCACUUCAAAGAUAUAUAAAUUGAGCACAAUGCUUUGAUUUCUAUGAAAAAUUAAAUGAAACAACUAAAUCAAUUUAGUGGAAAAACUGUUUAAAUGAUAUUCUACUUGUAUUUUAUCUAUUAAAGUAGGUCAAAACUAUAAAAAUUUAGAAUAUUUAUUGAUAACAAUUUUCUAUUUAAAAAAAUUGUUCCAAUUUAAAGGGAGUAAAAUAACCGUACACUUACACUUAUUUAGAUACUAGAAAAGUUCUCAAUCAGGACCUUAUUCCCUUCCAUAGCGUUGCAUUUUCUGCUUCGUCGAGAUUCGUCUCAUGACUUUCAAAGUCUUGCUCCUACCAGAUAUGAGCCCGCAUGUGCUCCUGAUUGUCGGGAAAUGGGUCGCCAUGCCAUAUGCAUACGGGGUUUGACUUCUAGAAAAUUCUAAAAGCAAAAUUUUCUGGUUACCUGUAGGGCAAGAAGAAAAUUCGUAGUCCAGGACGCUUGCCAUUGCGCUGGAAAACGCCCAAUCGACCAGGAUCAACCUCACUGAUAUUGCUGGGGGACGCUUUUCCAACUUCGAACUCCAUCUCCCAAGGUAAAAACUUGAUCUGGACAUGAACUACAGCCAUCCCAAAUCCGGCAUUACGCUCCACCAAAUCAGCUGGAUACUCCUACCGAACGCAAAAAACUUCCUUCCAUUUGGCCACUGAAUAGUUUGGGUUGGUUCACACAAAAAUUUUAAUGUAUAUAGGUUAAAUUACCCAAAAAAGUAAAUAACCAACUUUUAUUUUCAAUUAAAAGGAGGGGGGGAGUGAGAACAGUCUAAAAGAAAAUAAAAGAAAAUUAUGAAAGAAAAAAGCUGAAAAAGCGCCUCGUCUUAAUAUAAAUUCCAGUGAGUUAUACACAAAGCGGGCUUUAAGAAACCAAGAACUACAUAAUAUUGCAAGUUUUGGCUCAGACCGGCAACUGCUAUGUGCUCGCACUUCAUCUUCAAUUGGCGUCUUCUAA